AUGCACGUGACCAGGGUCGAUGUAAUUGAGAUAUCCACAUUUGGCGAAAAAUCUGUCCAUGCUCAUCAAAAAACUCCAUAUAGGUCUUCAAUCCUCAUCUUAUUACUAAGAGGAAUGCUUCCUAGAAGGAGAGCUGCAAGAAAGCAUUCGUCAAUCAGCUCAGGCGCUUUUAAGCCCAAGGCUGAAAGCAGACAGCCCUUCCUUCCUGCUAGCUAUAAGCAUCCUCAUCGCAGGCGGACUCGGCGUCAAGCCCGGACGGUCAACCGCUUAACCGCCUCGACCAACAGGGCUGAGCCUUUAGGCGAAGUGUCCAUCCCUCCGGGAAUAACAUACUCUUCCUUGUCACUAAAAGACCAUGAGUACCGGCUGGGCUACAGUAAAGGGUGGGAUGAGUUUGGUUUUGAAUAUACAGCUCACAUGAGGUCUUGGCGGUUAUCAGAGAGGAGGCACGCGGACCCGGGCUAUUCUAAGCGUAGCUACUUACCUUUAAUGACAUCUAACCUAGACACAUCGGGAUUAUCUGCCCAGUUGCCCGUCCUGGCUUAUGAAUUCAAACAUACUCUAUAUGAAUUGACCCAGGAUUUGACUGAGCCGCAUUUCGAUCAAACCUCCUCGGUGCCACAUCAGCCUUGCUUUGCUUGGAAGCUUUCCGUUGCUACAGUGAUCCCUAGUGGCAGCUUAACUAUCAGCUAUAGCUACGGAAGAUAUUGA